CUGGGUGGCUUAGCCAGCAACUCGCAGGUACCCUUUGUCGAACUUGACUCGGCCAGCAGCUCCGCGAUCUUCCCUUUGCAUCCUCAACAUCCUGUCGUUUUCUCUGCUUCAUUUUAUAUCGACAAGCAGCAGCUGUUUCUUCCCUGAAGGCGCCGCGAUUUCCAUCCGACGACAGCCCAAAUCCCGUGCGACCGCUUUAGCCUCAGCGCUCGUUCCGCCCUCAGCUUUCGUCAUACCUCUGUCUUCGUAUCCACCACCAUGUUCCGAGCAGCGGCGGCUGGGCCGUUCGACGAAGUCGUCACCAAGGCGACUGACGAGAAUCUGACGUCGGAGGACUGGGGUGCCAUCAUCGAAGUAUGCGAUAAGGUGUCUGGCGACCCGAAUGGCGCCAAGGAGGCUGUCCAGAGCAUGAUCAAGAGACUUGCUCAUCGCAACGCCAAUGUGCAGCUUUACACUCUUGAGCUUGCGCACGCCCUCUGCCAAAACUGCGGGAAGCAGAUGCAUCGCGAAAUCUCCAGCCGCGCCUUUACUGAGGCCUUGUUAAAACUCGCCAACGACCGAAACACUCACCAGCAAGUCAAGAGCAAGAUCUUGGAGAAGAUGCAGGAGUGGACCGACAUGUUCAGCAGCGACGCCGACUUGGGUAUCAUGAGCGACGCAUUCCACAGGUUGAAGCAGACCAACCCUUCGCUGCAGCCGCCCAGUGCGCCCCAAAAACAGGGCCUGACCGAUCAAGACAGACAGAAGGAGGACGACGAGCUGCAGAUCGCCUUGAAGCUCAGCUUGCAGGACGAGGAACAGAAGAAGGCGGCUCAGGCGGCGUCAAGCUCGCAUGUGGGAUCCGGCAGCCAGCAGCAGCAGCAGAAUGCUCCUACUUCCACCGCUGUGCCGUCGGGCACUACAGCUGCUACUGUGAGCAGAGUGCGUGCUCUGUUCGACUUUGAGCCCACCGAGCCCGGCGAGCUGGAGUUCAAAAAGGGCGACGUCAUCGCUGUGCUAGAGAGUGUGUACAAGGACUGGUGGCGCGGGUCGCUCAAGGGAAAGACGGGCAUUUUCCCCCUCAACUACGUAGAGAAGCUGACGGAUCCCACGCCGGAGGAGAUGCAGCGAGAGGCCCAGAUGGAGGCUGAGGUUUUCGCUGAGAUCAAGAAUGUGGAGAAACUCUUGACGCUCCUGAGCGCUUCGAACAUGGGACCACGGGAAGAGGACAAUGAGGAGAUCUCGAAAUUAUACCACCAGACGCUUGCGAUCCGUCCAAAGUUAAUUAAACUGAUUGAAAAGUAUUCGCAAAAGAAAGAUGAUUUCACCCAGCUAAACGAAAAAUUCAUCAAGGCUCGAAGAGACUACGAAUCUUUAUUAGAAACCUCCAUGUCUCAUCCUCCUCAGCACAACUAUCAGCAAUACGCUAUGCGCCCGGGGCAUCAAGCUUAUCCUCCACCCGCAGGCACAUACCCGCCUCAGGGGCAGGACCCUCAGAGAUUCUACACUCCUGGUUCUCAAGGCCGGCCACAGUACCCGCAGACUUCUUCCCCACCUCCUAACUUCCCACAGCCUGGUGCGCCUGCACAGGGCUCUUCGCAUCCUGCACCAGCGCCGUUUUACGUUGCAGGUGUCGAGACUCCUGCAGGCCAGCCACCUGCAGGUCAACAAUAUCCACCGAGAGACAACGCUCCUGGAAUCCCCUCUAAUGCCAGUCAACCCCCUCCUCUCAAAACCACAACCUCACCACCACCACCUCAAAAUUUCAACCCCUUUCAACAGCCUCCCAAUCAGCAGCCUCCAAGCACCUACGGUGCUCAGGAACUAGCUACUUCCGUAUAUGACUCUCCCAUUGCUCCCAACAAUCCCAGCUCUGCUACUACAUUCGCCAGCUCUGUCUAUUCCCAGGAUGGCCCUGCUGUUCCCCACCCGAACGAUAAUGAGCCCAUAGCUCCUUAUUCUACGCAGCAGCAGCCGUCGUAUCAAAGUUACCAACCUCCUCAGCAGCCUCCCUCUCAGCAGCCCCAGAAUGUCAUGACCCCUCCGCCGUUGCAGCCCUCGGGGCCCAGCUACGAUAGUCGCCAGAACCUACCUAGUCAAUCGGGCGCGGGCUCUGGAGGUCAAUAUAGGCCUUAUGUGCCUUCCGGCUCAUCGGAACCUAGUGCUCCGGGUCCAAAUGACUACUACCGCCAACCUGGUGUCUAUUAGCUUAGCUACGGGUAAUGUGUGUUGGGAAGGAGGGGCCGUAGAAUAGUUGGCGUGAGUGUGUAUGUAAUUAGUGGAAUGAUGGUUACGGCAAUAGGGAGGCGAAUCUACUUUUGUAUUCUUUUAAAGAGAGAUUAUUGUUGUUUCUUUCAGCUUGCUUUUGGGUUACAUGAAAUGAAUUGUCUAGCGUGGACUGGAAUGGAGUGGAAUUACGAGGAACAAAUGUCCUAUUUCUUUUUUUUCUUCUUCUUUUUUUCCUCCUCAACUAAAUGAGUCUCUGCUGUCCAAUAUCUCCACUAUCUGUCUUUUACUGUAGAUAUUGUGAUCAAUUUUACGGAAAACAGAGGUCUUCAGAAUGCUGACUGACGUUUGGAAUUAUCCUAAAU